AUGUCCGAUCCAGCACAAGGGCCUAAAGGCCCUGCUGAUGAUCCUAAAGAAGCAGGGUCAUCAGUGACAUUACCAUUUGAUCCUGGGUGCAAUGAUGUUAACGUAGUAAAACAGUAUGCCCUUUUAGGUACCCUUGGAGUAGGCUCGUUCGGCAAAGUAAGACUUGGAGUUCACUGUGAUACCGGGCAAAAAGUUGCUGUGAAAAUCAUACACAAGGAUCAUAACAUGAAAGCUGCUCAUCUUAGUAGACUAGGUUGCGAAAUCCGUGCAAUGUCAGGAAUGCGACACCCCAAUGUAAUAUACGUACAUGAACUUAUCGAUACUCCUACCACAUUAUUUAUCAUAAUGGAAUAUGUCGAGGGAAAGGAGCUAUUUGAUUAUAUAUCGCAAAGUGGGCGUAUGAGUGAAGCUGAAGUUAUACGAAUAAUGCGCCAGAUACUUUCAGCCGUAGACUUUUGCCACAAUAAGAUGAUAUGCCAUCGAGACCUCAAGCCUGAAAACAUAAUGUUAGAUAGGCAGAAGAAUAUAAAAUUAGGUGACUUCGGGCUGUCGAAUUUCAUGCGUGAAGGAGAAUGUCUAAGGACUCCAUGCGGAUCGCCGAACUAUGCAUCCCCAGAGGUAAUCUGUGGGAAAAGCUAUUCGGGUCCAGAAAUUGACAUUUGGUCAUGUGGCGUAAUAUUAUACGUACUGCUCUGCGACUGUCUGCCAUUUGAUGACGACGAAAUGACUAUAUUAUUUUUAACGAUAAAACAAGGACGAUAUCAUGUACCAAGCCAUUUAUCUACUGACGCACGUUUUUUGCUCCAAAGGAUGCUAGAUGUAAACCCGUCAUCCCGGAUAACUAUGCGUGAACUUAUGUCACAUCCGUGGUUCAUUGGUUGUAAUUAUGCAAGUAGUAGACCGGGGGACUACAUAUCUGGAUUCAGCGACCCUGAGUUGGUAUUCCCUAGAAUAUUGGGAACUGCUGACGGUGGAUUUGGUAUGCUGAAGAUGUCAAAACCGAAAGAUAAUGAUAUGAUAUCAGCGAGUAUGGUGGCACUUCGGUGUAACAAAUUUUCGCCACGCUGGUCAAUGGGCGUAACUGGCUUUGUGUCCGAAUCACAGUGCAUUAGGCUGGUGUUGGAUAUUUUAAUAGAUAUGGGCUACAAAUGGGCAUUAGUCCCGGCUUUCAAGCUGUUUUGUCGUCGAGAUGAACAGCCUGGGGAGGCAGUGCCACCCCUUUUUGCAAUGCAGAUCUACAAAAUGAAGUACAGAUAUUACAUUUUGGACGUACGUUUGGAUACUGGUUCGAUUAUGCCAGCAUUACACGAGGGUGUUGCCCUCGUAUCGAAGCUCAAACGUGGUUUAAAAAUGGCUUCACUGUAA